UACCCAUUAACAAACACUUCUCUCGGCCCAAUUAAUUAGGCCCAACAAAAGCCCAAAUUCUCUUCCCCCGCAAGUAUACACGACACGCCCUUCUCUUCUGUCUCGCCUGCAAGCUGCAACUCUGCGCACACACAAACACACACAGAUGAAGACUGGAGAAAGAGAUAGCAAAAGAAUGAAGAAAGAGCAGGAAGAGAACAAGGAAAGUGUGCCAGUUCUGCCAUGGAUGAGAAGCCCAAUACAGGUUGAUUCUUUUUCAAACUGCCCACUUGAUAAAGUCCCUAUGCUUGACUCUAGGUUGGCUGUAGCUUUGCAGAGUAGUGGAAUUGGCUCGCUCUUUGCGGUUCAGCUUGCGGUUUGGCAUGAGACAAUCGGACCGGGUUCUUUUGAGCGGGACCUUUGUAUUAAUUCCCCUACAGGAAGUGGAAAAACUCUUGCUUAUGCGCUGCCAAUUGUGCAAAUGCUGUCAACUCGUGCUGUAAAAUAUCUUCGUGCUUUAGUGGUGUUACCCACUCGGGACUUGGCUUUACAGGUUAAAGAAGUUUUCAACACUAUUGCUCCUGCAAUGGGUUUAUCAGUUGGUUUAGCAGUCGGCCAAUCUUCAAUUGCUGAUGAAAUUUCAGAACUUAUUAAGAGGCCUAAGCUUGAGGCAGGUAUUUGUUAUGAUCCAGAAGAUCUUUCAGAGGAGUUACAGAGCUCAGUGGACAUACUAGUAGCAACACCUGGAAGGCUAAUGGACCAUAUUAAUAACACCAAGGGUUUUACACUUGAGCAUCUUCACUAUCUUGUAGUCGAUGAAACAGAUCGGUUACUAAGAGAGGCAUACCAGUCUUGGCUGCCUACUGUGCUUCAGUUGACCCGCUCCAGUGGUGGAAGUCUCUUUCCUCAUGCAGAAAAUUUUGUUCCUACAACCUUUGGAUCCAUAAAGACUACAAGGAGGAUGGGUGUAGAGAGGGGAUUUAAGGGAAAAUCUUACCCCAGGCUUGUGAAGAUGAUUCUAUCUGCCACACUAACCCAAGAUCCGAGCAAACUUGCUCAGCUCGAGCUUCACCAUCCUUUGUUCAUGACAGCGGGGAAGAUACGUUAUCAGUUUCCUGAGCAAAUGCAAUUAUUCAAAGUGAUAUGUGAACCAAACUUUAAACCCUUGUAUCUCGUUGCGCUGCUGCAAUCUCUGCAUGGGGAGAAGAGCAUUGUUUUCACAUCAUCUGUCGAGUCGACACAGAGACUAUGUGCUUUACUCAAGUUUUUUGGCGAUUUGAAUAUUAAAAUUAAGGAGUAUUCUGGUGUUCAACGUCAGGCUUUAAGAAGCAAAACAUUGAAGGCCUUCAGAGCAGGGGAAGUUCAAGUUGUUGUUUCAACAGAUGCAAUGACUCGUGGGAUGGAUGUUGAGGGGGUACGGAACGUUAUAAACUAUGAUGCACCUCCAUAUAUCAAGACAUUUAUUCAUCGUGCUGGUCGAACAGCAAGAGCAGGUCUGGUAGGACGCUGCUUUACAUUGCUGCAUAAAGAUGAGGAGAGAAGAUUUAAGAAGCUAUUAAAGAAAGCCGAUAAUAACUCUUGCUCUGGUCAUUCUAUAACUCCAGAUUCAUUGGAUCCCCUCCGCUCUGUGUACGCUUCUGCUCUGGCAAAACUGAAGGAGAGUGUUGAAUCAGAAACAUACAAGAAGCGCAAAGCUGGAAUUAGAUUGUCACAUAUGGGCAAGCGCUAUUAACAAAUAGUCUGGAAGUCCUGAUGACUGCCAGUUCAAUUUUGUAGAUCUAGGAGGUUGUAAGCUAUUAUAAUUGACAGAGUCGGAUGAUAGAUACAGAUUUGGAGCAUGUAGAUUCUUCCUCGAAUAUGGUUUCGAGGUUUAUCUGAGGCUGGAUUCUGGAGACUAUAACUGGAGACUGAUCAAAGCGUCGGCAAGGGGCAACAGCUGAGAAAGGAGUCUGAGUUGAUGUCUCGUGCAAUUCAAUCUUGGGUUGUAAAACGCCAGGACGCAGGAGUUUGCUAGCCAACCGAGCAGCAGCACUUGCCAUAUUUUGUUAUGAUUACCUUCUAGUACUACUUGAACCUGUAUGUAAUGUAUGAUAGAGGUUGAGACCAAUUCAUGGACUUUGUGCACAUAUAUAUACACUUACUGGAGAACACUCAUUUCUUGGAAGAACUAUAAGAGAAUGAUUGUUGGUCA